AUCAUGAACCUAUAUGGAGCCCGACCCCAAAAAAAUUCUGAUCGCAUGCAUCUCUCUCUCUCUCUCAGCACAAAACACAGGAGAGAGAUAAAACCGACGAAUCGAUCAACCAAACAAACCCUCACAUAGUCCCCCAUGGAUACUACCGGAACAGUCGGCGGCACUUCCGACGACCUUUCCUCCAACUCCCCCGCGGCGGCCGCGUCACGGUGGACCCACGCCGCGUCCCGACGCUUCCAACACCUACUGGACAAGUCGACCCCGUUCGUCCUCCACCGAUGGCUCGCGUUCGCCGCCGUGGCGAUCGUCUACGCCGUCCGCGUGUUCUUCGUCGAGGGCUUCUACAUCGUGUCCUACGCGCUCGGCAUCUACGUCCUCAACCUCCUCAUCGCGUUUCUCUCCCCUCAGGUUGAUCCCGAGUUCCACGACCUCUCCGAUGACCCCUCCCUCCCCACUCGCGGCUCCGACGAGUUCCGCCCCUUCGUCCGCCGCCUCCCCGAGUUCAAAUUCUGGUACUCAAUGACAAAAGCCUUUUGCAUUGCUUUUGUGGUGACGUUCUUCCGCAUAUUUGAUGUGCCAGUGUUUUGGCCAAUACUACUUUUCUACUGGGUGCUGCUAUUCACACUUACCAUGAAGAAACAGAUAAUGCAUAUGGUUAAGCACAGAUAUGUUCCAUUCUCCUUUGGAAAACGGAGGUACGAUGUUAGGGCAGCAGCUUCUGCUGAAAGCGCAAGCCUUCUUCCUAGAGAUUAAAACUUCAG